AUGUCUCCCAAAGGAGCUCCCGGCGCCACGCGGAGGCUGCGGCUGCAGCUCGUCCCGCGGCAGGUUUCCCGGCGCCACAGACGAAACCGUUCGCACUCUUCAAUCCCGUGCAUUUCUCUUGCCGAAAAAGAAUUCGGGCUGGAAAUCAAGUAUGGGCUGUCCGCAGCCCAGAAAGGAGAGGAGGAAGCGUUUCAGAAAGUAUUUUUGAGCAUGAAGAGCAUCUGUAUGGUGCACGCAGGGGAUCUGAUCAAGAAGCAGCUGGUGAGCUCCAUCAAGGCGCUGCAGAAGCAGUAUGUGACCUCGGAUGCCGUCGUGACCAGCGACGAUGGGAACGCGAACACCCUCUGCAGUGCCCUGGAGGCCGUCUUCGUGCACGGGCUGAAGGCCAAGCACAUAAAGGCAGAGGCCGGGGGGAAAGGGAAGAAGGCAGGAGGCCGGGAGCCCCUUCCCCAGCCCGUGUUCUGGGGGCUGCUGAAGAGCAUCACGCACCGCAAUAUUGUUUCAGAGCUGGAACAGUUAAUUUUCAUCAACACAGACGUUGGCCGCUGCCGGGCCUGGCUGAGGCUGGCGCUGAACGACGGCCUCGUGGAGUGUUACCUGCAGCUGCUGCUCCGGGAGCGAUCCCGGCUGCCUGAGUAUUACCAGGCCACCGCUUUGCUCCUAGAUGCCGAAGAGUGCGAGUUUCUCCUCAGCUACUUGCAGGGCUUGUCAUCCCUGACCUUUGAGCUGUCUUACAAAUCAGCAGUUUUGAACGAGUGGACUAUCACCCCACUGUCCCUCUCCGGACUAUGUCCCGUUUCGGAGCUGCUGGAGCCCCUGCCAUCCUCGGCAUCCGAACCCCGCAGAAAGGCAUCGCUGGGUUCUAUCUCACAGUCUUCGGGCUCCGAUGAGAUCGAAAUCCAGCCCUCCACCCUCCCCAUGGGCAAGAGCAGCAACAAACUCAAGCUCACGUCGUCCUCGCUGAGCCUCAACACGACGAGCUCUUCCCAGCUCUCCUCCAGCCUCGGCUCUGACGGCCUCCUGCAGCCUCCCUGCCCCAGGAGCCCUGAGAGGAGCGAGGAGCCGCUCUCGGGCGACUCCGACCUGGGCACGGCCACUGCCGAGGACUUGGACAGAUCGCUGCAAGAGGUCUUGUCGGAAUUCAGCAAAGCCCAACAGAGCCUGGAGCCCCCAGAGGGGUGGCUUGUGCCGGGUCCCCCAUUGCCGCCACCCGACGGGCCCCAUGCGAAAAGGAAGAGUUGGAUCUCGGAGGAGGAUAUCUACAGGCCGUCUCCGGGACAGGGCCCAGCCGACGUCCACGGUUUUGCACUGGAUGGGGAAGAAGCGGCUCCCAGCACGGGGCUCAUCAGCGCCCUGGAUCUGGAGAGGCCGUCCCUGGAGGGCGGGAAGCCCAGGCUGGCACUGGCCGGGGAGCAGAAGGGCUUCAGCGUCGUGCACCGCCGGCAGACGGCUGCUUGCUGGCUCUUCUCUCUCUUCUCCAUUUUCCUCUUUGGUUAUACUGAGACCUCUGCUCUUCCCAAAGGUCUUUCCAAUCCUUUCCGAGGGCUCCUGAAACUGGGCAGCCUGGAGCGGAGAGGUGCCAUGGGCAUCUGGAAGGAGUUCUCCUGUGAGCUGUCGCCGCUGGAGUUCCGGCUCUUCCUGGAGCACGAGGACCGGAUCUGUGUGGAGAGCUACUCCCUGCUGCGGUGCGAGGCGCUAGCCCUGACACACUCCGAUGGCCGCUUCGAGCUGGUUUUCUUGGGGAAAAAGCUGUGCCUACGAGCUCCUUCUCGGGACGAGGCUGAGGACUGGUUAGACAGGAUCCGGGAAGCGCUACACAAGUGCCGGCCUCAGCUGGAGGAGGAGGAGUGGGAAACGCUAGAGUAUCCAGAGGCCAGCGGCGAAGGGCAGGCUGGAGGCAGCCACUCGGCCUCUCCCCUCCACUCCGAUGUGCCUGGAAACAGCCUUGACUGGACCGCAACCCAUGAACCAGAAUUGGAUGCGAUAAAAGAAUCUGUUCUUUAUGUGGAUGUGGAUAAAACAUGGGUCCCUUUUAUUUUUUCCCUGUCGUUAGAAACUUUAAAGUGCUUUAAAGUGAGGAACAAGGACAAAAUUUUAAGUAACAGUUACGGUAUAGAGACGAUCCAGGACAUCCUUCCAGACACGAGCCUUGGGGGACCUGCAUUUUUCAAGGUCAUAACAUCCAAAGCCGUCCUGAAGCUGCAAGCACAGAGCGCAGACGAGGCCGCAUCGUGGAGGAAGCUGGUCCGGACUGUGCUCAUGUCCUACCUGGAGAGCGCGGAGGAGGCGCUGACCCUGGGGGGCAGCUUGGAUGGGAACUCUCAGAUGGUCCUGAAAAACAUUGUGAAGGAAAACGGCUUCUUGUUACAAUACCUGGUGGCCAUCCCCGUGGAGAAGGGCCUGGACGCUCAGAGCUUCAUCUGUGCAGGCUGCUCCAGGCAGAUCGGCUUCUCCUUUGUGAAGCCCAAACUCUGCGCGUUCUCCGGCCUCUACUACUGCGACAGCUGCCACCGGGAUGACGAGACGGUGAUUCCCUCGCGCCUCAUCCACAACUGGGACCUGAUGAAGCGAGGGGUUUGCCGGCAGGCUCUCAAGUUCCUGACCCAGAUCCGUAACCAGCCGCUCAUCAACCUGAAGCUGGUGAACGAGAGCCUCUACGAGCACGUGGAGAGGAUGAGCCGCAUCUGUCGGAGCCGGGAGCAGCUGAAGCUGCUCGGAGAUUAUCUCAUCAUGUGUCGCAGCGGGGCCCUGAAGGAGCUGAGCAAGCGGCUUGAUCACAGGAACUACCUCUUGGAGUGUCCUCACAAAUACAGCGUCAGUGAUUUAAGGCAGAUAGCUGAGGGCGUCUUUGAGACAUUCCUGCAGUCUUUGAUCCAGUUUGCUUCUCAUCAUGUCUACAACUGCGACCUGUGCACCCAGAGAGGCUUUAUCUGCCAGAUCUGUAACCGGAGCGACAUCAUUUUUCCCUUUGAGUUUGACAUGACCAUCAGGUGCAGCCAGUGCAAAACCGUCUUCCACCGGGACUGCCAGGCCAGUGCGAAGUCCUGCCCGCGCUGCGAGCGCCAGCAACGGUACCAGCGAAAACUGGCGGCAGACGGCAGUGGGGAACCAGGGCUAUAG